AUGGCUCCUCGUACCGAGUUCAGUACGGAGCAAGUUCGAGCCAAGGCCCGCAAAGACUUGCUCUAUUUACUCGAGGGCGUCCGCGGCAAGAAGAAUCUCGUCUUUGACAAGAGCUUAGUCGGUCCCGUUGGAACGAUUGUUAAAGUCAAUACGCUCCAGGAGUAUGGAGUCGACAAGUUCUUCGUCUUGGAAAAUGAUAAUGUCGAUGCCAGCCAGCAUAAUGUAGUAUUCAUUGCUCGAGGAGAGUGCGGACGUCACGCCGAGAACAUAGCCAACCAAAUAAAACGAGUCCGACGCCAGAGCUCUACAAGCCAUGAAUUUCACAUCUUUUGGGUCCCUCGUCGCACCUUGGUGUCGGACCAACUUCUAGAAGAAGCAGGCGUAUUGGGCGAUGCGAGCAUUUCAGAACUCCCGUUAUUCUUCUUUCCGCUGGAGAGAGACGUUUUAUCCCUAGAACUAGAUGAUUCCUUCAAAGACCUGUACCUCUCCAAAGAUGUCACACCCAACUACCUCUUGGCAAGGGCCUUGAUGGAAGUCCAGAAGAAUCACGGCUUAUUUCCUCGAAUGAUUGGAAAAGGCGAUAACGCAAAGAAGAUAUCUGACCUUCUAGUUCGCAUGCGCCAGGAACUCCUCGCGGGCGAAGAUACGAGCGACUCGAACAAGCCCGGCUUAACGCCCAGUUCGACAAACGAGAGCGUCAUCAUAAUUGACCGUGAGGUAGAUUUUGUUACCCCUCUUCUCACGCAGCUGACCUACGAAGGUCUGAUAGACGAAGUAUUCGAAAUUCAGAAUAACCAAACCAAGGUGGACACAACCAUUGUUGGGGCUCCAGCUCGGUCAUCUGCUGCCACUACGCAGGGGCGGAAGGAGACGGUCCCCCUAGACUCUAGCGACAAGCUGUACGAUCAAUUACGAGAUGCCAACUUCGCCAUCGUUGGCGGGAUGCUCAACAAGGUUGCCCGGCGGCUGCAGCAGGUCCAGUCUGACUAUGAGACCAAGCAUAAGACAAAAACAUUGGCCGAACUCAAGGAGUUUGUUGCUCAAUUGCCUGGGUAUCAGCAAGAGCAUCGAAGUGUUCGAAUCCAUACAGGUAUCGCUGAGGAAAUAAUCAAGCGUACCAGAACCGACGAGUUCAGGGGCUUACUAGAAGUGCAGCAGAAUCUUGCUGCUGGUGCAGAGCCCUCCUCUCAAUUCGAUGGCAUCGAGGAGCUCAUAGCGCGGGAUGCGCCUAUUCGUGAGACUCUCAGGCUAUUGUGCAUUUACUCCUGUAUUUCUGGGGGCAUCAAGCCAAGGGAGUAUGACCAGUUUCGAAAGCUUGUCUUGCACGGGUACGGAUAUCAACAUCUCCUGACGCUUCACAACUUGGAAAAGUUACACCUCUUCCUUUCUCGAUCCUCUCCCCUUGCUGGAGUGAUCCCUAUGACCGGUAAUGCAGGGGCAACGGGUACCAAAACGAACUACACCUAUUUACGAAAGCAGCUGCGGCUCAUUGUCGAUGAGGUUCAAGAAGAUGACCCCAACGAUAUUGCCUACGUAUAUAGCGGGUACGCCCCUCUAUCUAUCCGUCUAGUUCAGUGCGUUCUGCAAAAGCAAUAUUUGUUGUCGUUCGCGAAGGGCGGCAGUGCUGCAAAUGCUGGUGUCGCCGCCGCGGCGGCCACAAGUCAGGGCUGGCAUGGCUUUGAUGAAGCGGUCAAGCAUGUCCGCGGGCAGACAUUCUACGAGCUUCAAACUGGUGAAGACAAGGCGGUGAAGGCUCGUGCACUCCUAUCAGGAGGCAGUGCAAAGCAAACUGUGUUUGUCGUUUUCGUGGGUGGCAUCACAUUUACCGAAAUUGCUGCACUUCGCUUCAUAGCCAAGCAAGAUGAAGGCCGAAGAAACAUCAUCAUCUGUACGACAUCCAUAAUCAGCGGCAACAGGAUGAUGGACGCUGCGAUAGAGACCGGCUCAUACGCAAGAGAGUCACCGUCAGUCGAAGGUGAACGUCGUUGA